AUGGCGGAUCAAUGCAUUGUCUGUCUAGAAAACCUAGACGUAGCUGUACCGUCCCCACAAUUGCAGUCUGCUACCACCGCCGCUACCACCACAUCCACCACUGCCACUGCGUCAGAUGUUAAGCAGGAGGAGACCACGCCUGAGCCCGCCACGCCCAGCACUGUACCCGUCAAGGAGGAGCACCAACAUCACGACCACGACAACAUUGCUGUCAUACAAGUCUGUGGCCAUGUGCUGCACGACUCUUGCUUGAAGGAAUGGACUGCAAAGGCAAACAGUUGUCCCAUCUGCCGCCAAUCCUUCCAUCUCGUGCAAGUCUAUGACAAGGUUGGAGGAAAACUUCUAUCCACCUACAAAGUCGAGGAGAAGAAACAAGUGGCCGAGUUCGAUCCUCAAGCAUGGCUGGACGAGAAUCCAGAAGAGGAGGAGGAAUCUACACCAUGCCCCGUGUGCAGCUUGGCAGACCACGAGGAUGUCCUGCUGCUCUGCGACGGGUGCGAUACGCCGUACCACACGUAUUGCAUCGGCCUUGACAGCGUCCCCAGAGGCUCCUGGUUCUGCAUGGAAUGCCAAGAUCUGCUUGGGGAGGAGAUUGAGAACUCCCGCCCCUCCUUUCCUAGCACGAAUGGACGCAAUGGCUUCUUCCCGCGCACACAAGCCAGCAUGCGAAGAGCACGCAACAGAGCUCGCUCAGACGAAUGGCAGGGCGCGUGGGGUCAGGUUGCCGGUGCCAUCUGGGACGCCAUAAGUCUCGACCUUGACUCUCACGACGGCGACGAUGCACUAGAGGAGUAUCGACGUUCGCAACAACUAAGAGAGAGGGAGAGACGAGAGUAUCAGCGCUGGCAACAGCGCCUGAAUAUCGCGAGUCGACUGGGUGUUCGCGACGUCUUUGCGAGGAAUAUCCAAGACGUCGUCGGCCAGCAAGUCGAGCCGCAGUCAACACCACAACCAACCCGAGAAAGUCGCGAGGAAAGACUGGCCUGGGGUGCUCUAGAUAGAGCACGGGAGCUGGAUGUUGCUAGCCCCAGCAAUCAAAUGAAGGAGAGCAUCAGCAAUGUAGUGCGAAGCGCACUCAAGCCACACUGGAAAUCCAGCCAGCUCACGGCCGAGCAGUACGCGACCAUCAACCGCGAUGUAUCCCACAAACUUUACGAAGAGGUGACAGACCCGGCCACCGUUGACGACGACGCCAGGCGGACCUGGGAGAAGAUCGCGUCGAAAGAGGUGGCCCGCGCACUGGCCGAACUGAAAGCGUGA